AUGGCAUCGGCGCUGAGGUGGAUUGCAGAGAAUGUUCCGAAGGAACACGAAAAGUCGGAGAUGCAACGAGGAUGCGUUGGAGAGGUACAAGCGCUCGAGGGCCACGGCGAGGAACGACGGCAGAGCAUGACAAGAGGUCAAACGGCCACUGAAUCCACACAAACUCGACGGUGGAAGAAGAUUCGACGCAAUGAUCGACAGGUGAAAGGCAGGGGACGUAGGACGAACUUAGGCCAAGCUCGAGGCAGGGAUGCAAGGGCAGACUGCAACAUGCUAAGGCAAAACGAGGCGAGGAGGCGACAAGAGACGAUGGGAGACGGAGAUGACAGCGAGCAAGGCAAGAUAAGACCAUACGCAACGAGAAGGGCUGUGGCAUGGAGUGAGACAUGGGCCACAGCAAGUCAGAAAUGCGGCGGGUUCGUCGGCGUCAGCGUCCAAAUGUCACUGUCGAUGGGCAAUAGGAAUGAGAAGUGA